AUGGAUAACAGCAAGCCAGUGAAGACGCCUCAAGAUCCCGGCCUGAAGCUAACCAAGAACAUGUGUGAACAAGAAUGCAAGCACGAAGACACCAUGUGCAACGUGCCAUAUCGAAGUGCUGUCGGAGGCAUCAUGUAUCUCAUGGUCGCCACACGUCCGGAUCUAGCUGCUGCAGUGGGAUCAUUAUCCCAGUUCUCGUCCGACCCAUGCCCGACUCACUGGCAAGCUUUGAAGCGUGUGCUGAGAUACCUGCAAGCAACGCCCAAUCAUGGUCUUGAGUUUACACGUGAAGAAGGAAGCCGUAUCUGCGGGUACACCGACGCAGACUGGGCCGGCGACAUUGAGUCAAGACGAAGUACAAGCGGCUAUGUGUUCAUGAUGAGCGGAGGAUGCAUCAGCUGGAAAAGCCAGAAACAACGGACGGUCACGCUAUCUUCAACAGAAGCAGAAUACAUGGCGCUUUCCGAAGCAACCAAAGAAGCAGUAUGGCUCAAAGUGCUUUUGGGGGAACUUGGUGAGAUGACAAGCGACGAAGCGAUCAAGAUGUAUGAAGACAACCAAGGAUCAAUCGCUCUCGCCAAGAACCCGGAGUUCCAUAAGAGAACAAAACACAUCGACAUACGCUACCAUUUUGUGCGUGAGAAGGUGGAAUCAGGUGAAGUCGUUUUGGAGUAUUGCCCGACUCAAGAUAUGCUGGCAGACAUGAUGACCAAGCCGAUCGCCGCUGUACAAUUUGAAAACAUUCGCGAUCGACUUGGGAUCCAAGGUGCCGCAGCUAACGAGUCGAGAGGAGUGUUGAAAAGACAGCGGCUGUGA